GAGGGAGAUUGGGAGACCACACAACUAUUUAACAAACAAACAUGAGACAACUUGACUAAUUCUUCUCCCCGGCUACCAUAAACCACCAGUGGAGGCCUCAAGACCCAUCUGUUAGUACUGAACUCGUACCAUCCUGCUCAGUGCUCACCGGAGAAACAAAAGCAGAGAAAAAGGAUGGCCUCAUCGGCACCGACGACCAGUAGAAACCCCCAUGCAGUGUGCGUCCCCUACCCUGCACAGGGGCAUAUCAAGCCCAUGAUGCAACUGGCAAAGCUUCUCCACUGCAAUGGCUACCACAUAACUUUUGUCAACACAGAUUACAACCAUCAGCGCCUGGUCCGCUCAUGGGGACCGGACUCCGUCAGGGGCUUCAAGGAUUUCAGGUUCAAGUCCAUGCCCGACGGCUUACCACCCUCGGACCCCGACCGGACCCAGAAUAUCGUCGCGCUCUGCGAUUCCGUCACCAAGAACUUCGCCGGUCCUUUCCUUGAUCUUGUCAUGAAGAUCAAUGAGUCAGCUGAAGACCCACCUGUCACCUGCAUAGUCUCGGAUGUGUUCAUGACCUUCACACAAAAGGCAGCAGAGAAGCUUGGGGUACCCUGGGUCGCCCUGUGGACUGCUAGUGCCUGUGCCUUUUGGUCCUACUUUCAUUACGUUGAUCUUGUGCAGAAGGGCUAUACACCACUUAAAGAUGAGGCCCAGCUAAGAAAUGGGUACAUGGAAACAGCGAUCGAUUGGAUCCCGGGGAUGCCGGACAUUCGUCUGAAGGACAUCCCCACUUUCAUCACGACUCUCAACAGGGACGACGUCAUGCUUAAUUUCUGCAUGAACAAUGCGCAGACAGCUGCAAAGGCCUCUGCAGUCAUCUUCAACACCUUUGAUGAGUUAGAGCACGAAGUCCUGAACGCCAUCAAGUUUCGAAUCCCUCAAUCCUUCACGGCCGGCCCCCUCCUAAAACUGAGCCGGACAGUUCCCAUAAAUGGGCUCAGUGCCAUCAAGAACAGCCUGUGGAAAGAAGACCAGUCGUGCCUGAACUGGCUCGACGAGAAAGAGGCAGGCUCCGUCAUCUACGUCAACUUCGGAAGCAUCACGGUCAUCAGUCCCCAACAACUGCUGGAGUUUGCUUGGGGUUUGGCUAAGAGCAAGUACCCAUUCCUAUGGAUCAUCAGGCCUGACCUUGUGCAGGGUGGUGAUGCGGCAAUUCUUCCACAGGAGUUCCUAUUGGAGACGAGAGGAAGAGGACUGAUGGGUAGCUGGUGCUCACAGGAGCAGGUCCUCAACCAUCCCUCCGUAGGUCUUUUCCUCACCCACAAUGGAUGGAACUCCAUGCUGGAGAGCAUAUGCGCAGGCGUGCCUAUGCUAUGUUGGCCCUUCUUUGCAGACCAGCCGACCAACUGUAGAUACGCUUGCGCCAAAUGGGGCAUGGGAAUGGAGAUUGACGGCAGUGUGAAGAUGGAGGCAUUAGUGAAGGAGUGCAUGGGAGGGGAGAAGGGGAAGGAAAUGAGAAGGAGAGCCAACGAAUGGAAAGAGAGUGCAGAAAAGGCUUCUUUGGCAGGUGGGCCGUCCCAUGUUGCUCUGGAAAGUUUGCUCAACGGGCUACUGUUGCACCAGCACGGAGGGACUAAUAAUUGAUUACAGCCAAGUUCGCCAGUAGGUGGUGGGUCAUGCCAGCCUUUGGUACAGGUGCUGUUUGAUGACGAAAAGCAAGUACCGACUCUGCUAUUCGACUUGGAACUCGUUUGGGAUAUGGGAGGCGGCCACACCUGUUUCGUCA